AUGGCUAGCUCUGGGCUGUCGCGGUUGCGAGAGGAAGCGCAGAAGUUGCAACAGCAGCGGGGUGAUAUGCAGUGGAACAUCGAUAAGCUUCAGCAGAGUAUCAGCCACCAAAACGGUGAGCUGGCAGAUGACACGCGCAACACCGCCUCGACCCUGGAUACUUUGCGCCUGGUCGAAGCCGAGGUGCAAGCCACUACCAGUGACUUGUCGGAGCGCGCGCGGGAAGAAGCGUUGGCCAUUGAAGAUUUGAGGCACAUGACUCGAGAAAAUCAGUUGUUGCAUCACGAACUUCGUCAGCACCAGAUGCGGUCUCAUCAGCUUCAAGCGGCCAGCAAGGAACACGAAGCCCAGCAGUUGCCCAUGCUGCAGGAGCUCAGAGGUUGUGAAUUCCAACGAGAGAGCUUGCUGAGUGCCUGUAGGGAGGCGGUUGAGGAGCGACAGAGGAAGGAAGUGGCCGUCGAGGCGUUAAACCAGCAGGUGGAGUUGUACUGCUCUGAGCUGCAGGAACUGCAUCAGUCCCUGGAGCAGCUCCAGCAGAACGAGGAGGCGGCCCAAAGCGGCUUUCAAAGGGGCGACAGUGAGCUGGCGGUCCUUCGAAGCCGAAUGAGUGAAGCAACGCAAACGCUCGAGAUGCAGGAGUUCGCCUCAGAAGAGAUGAAAGCUGAAAGGUCCAAGCUCCGGCUGGCGGCGAGCAGCCAGCAGCUGGCCAUCAACGAGGCCGUGCUCAGCGCCGCCAGCGUCAGCGCGCAGGCGGAGGCCUUGCGUAGCGAGGUGCAAAAACUUCAGCAAGAACUGGACCAGGCAAGGGAGCAGCUGAGCGAUGAGCGACGUCGUGGGGAAGAGGCCGCCAGAAAGCAGCAGAACUUGCAGAACCUCUUGGCUUCGCAAAGACAGAUGCAGCGGCAAAAGGAGGCAGAGCGCGACCUCCUGCGCCAACGACAGGCAGCGCCGACGCCAUCGGUGCCCUCGGCGUCCGACGAAAACACCGCGGCGUUGGAGCACACCUUGGAGGACUUGGCACAGCUGGAAAGCGCCAUGGUUCAAGAGACCCAGCAGCUUGCAGAAGAGGCUGAACGGAGCUGGCUGCGCGACUUCGAGAGCUUCACAGGUUGCUCCCUUCUUUUUGCCCUGGCUCAGCGGCGAAGCGGUUUGAGUGCCAAAGAUGCUAUCAUCCUUCGUGCAGCGCUCAGAGCUUUGGGCUUUGGCCAUGGUGACUACGGUUACGACUAUGGCUACGACGACGGCGGCUACGGCGGCUACGGCUACGAGGAUUAUGGCGGCUACGGAUAUGGAGGUGGCGACUAUGGCUAUGACGAUGGCUAUGGCUAUGACGAUGGUUACGGCUAUGACGAUGGCUACGGAGGAUAUGGAGGCCCUCCCGAAGCUGCUCCAGGAGCAGAAGAAGGUUAUGCAGUGGGCGAAUAUCCCGAUGAAGAAAAUCUGGGUGCCAUGACAACACCAGCGGUUUCCGUCAAGACCAAAAUGCAGGAAGACAUGGAAUCCGAAGCGGCCUAUGGUGUGGUGGACCCUCGCUUGGGCAAGGGCAAAGAUCCCGCCCUGGGUCCUGACAUCGUUGAUGGCCUUCGGGAGGUGCACGACAAGAUCAAAGACGUUCGAGAGGCUUUAAACCUCUACCGCGUGGUGAAGGCCGAUGGCGCACGUGCCAUGCAGCAAUUGGAGAGGAUGCCACGCCAGAUGCCUGGAGGCGUUCCCUGGGCCUCGGCUCUGGACCUGGAACAUGUGGUUGAACAGACCAAGUACAUCCCCUCAGCAGACUUCGAUAACUUGAUCAACGGGAUGCACUUAAGCUUGGACGGCACCCUGCGGAACUAUUUGAUGAAGAAAGCUGCAGCUCACGAGUCUGCGCGAGAAUCCAUGUCGGAGGCGGCCCAGGCGGCAAGAGAGGCAGCAGAUCUCAUUCGCGGUGCCAACCCGGACGCGGUCCCUCCACCCGAAGCUGAGCCGCUUCCAGAAGCUCAGGAGUUGCCACCAGAGGAGAUGGAAACGGGCGAGGGCACCAUCGAUGGGGCCGUGGGACCCGCCGAAGCGGAGGAAUUGAGUGAAGAAUUGGGCUUCGAGGUGCCUCCAGAUGCCAGACUUGAAGAUUUGCCGACGCUGAACGACAUGGCGGAUCUGGACAACGAAGGGGUGGACUUGGAGAGGGAGCGAGAAGAACUCUACAAUUCCAGCAUGAACGAAGAGCUUUCGAAAGUGAGUUGCGCACCUCCCUUGGAACUGAUGAUGUGCUUUCAGUCUGCGCGAGAAUCCAUGUCGGAGGCGGCCCAGGCGGCAAGAGAGGCAGCAGAUCUCAUUCGCGGUGCCAACCCGGACGCGGUCCCUCCACCCGAAGCUGAGCCGCUUCCAGAAGCUCAGGAGUUGCCACCAGAGGAGAUGGAAACGGGCGAGGGCACCAUCGAUGGGGCCGUGGGACCCGCCGAAGCGGAGGAAUUGAGUGAAGAAUUGGGCUUCGAGGUGCCUCCAGAUGCCAGACUUGAAGAUUUGCCGACGCUGAACGACAUGGCGGAUCUGGACAACGAAGGGGUGGACUUGGAGAGGGAGCGAGAAGAACUCUACAAUUCCAGCAUGAACGAAGAGCUUUCGAAAGUGAGUUGCGCACCUCCCUUGGAACUGAUGAUGUGCUUUCAGGUACAGCUUCCCCAAACGCGUCGUCAUCAACAUCGCCGGUUCCUGAUCAAUGUUCAUUGAAAACAAACGAUUUAAUGAACAGAAAA